AUGACGUCGACGGCGCAGCAGGAGAUCAGUGUGAGCUCUUCGUCCGGCUCGCGCCCUGUCUCGAAGGACGCCAUUAUCAAUCUCGACCAUGGAGAUCCGACCAUGUUCGAGUCCUUCUGGAAGGAGGUGGGCGAGGCGGCAGACAUCACCAUCCCCUCGUGGCGGACCUUGAGCUACUUCUCCGAUGUCUCCAACUUCUGCUGGUUCCUGCAACCCGAGUUUGCUCACGAGGCACGGCGCCUCCAUAACCUGGUUGGCAAUGCUGUAGCCGACGACCGCUUCCUCGUCAUCGGGACCGGAUCGACUCAGCUCUUUCAGGCUGCUCUCUUUGCUUUAUCACCUUCCGACGCGCCGGAGCCGAUGAGCGUUGUUUCCGCAGUUCCGUACUACUCGUCGUUUCCGAGGAUCACCGACUACCUUCGGUCAGCGUUAUACCGGUGGAGUGGGGAUGCAUCCAAGUUCGAAGGUGAUGCGUACAUAGAGGUGGUUUGUUCCCCGAAUAACCCGGAUGGCUCCAUCAGGGAAGCAGUGCUAAAGUCUAGCAACGGGAAGACAAUCCAUGACCUAGCUUACUACUGGCCGCAAUACACUCCCAUCACUGCUGCAGCGGACCAUGACAUCAUGCUGUUCACCGUCUCAAAGCUCUCCGGUCAUGCCGGAACUCGAGUGGGGUGGGCUCUGGUGAAGGACGUGGAGGUGGCCAAGAAGAUGGUCAAGUUUAUAGAGUUGAACACCAUUGGGGUGUCCAAGGACUCACAGCUCCGGGCGGCAACCAUCCUCAAAGCAAUCUCCGAUGGUUACGAGCGCCCAGACGUGCAGACCAAGCCCGGUCUGAAGAUGUUCGAAUUUGGUCGCCGGCUUCUGUCCAUGAGGUGGCAGAAGUUGCGAGAAGCCGUGAAGGCCUCAGGCAUCUUUACAUUGCCCGACUUCGAGUCGGUCCACUGCAAGUUCACCGGGGAGACGACCGAAGCCUGUCCUGCUUUUGCAUGGCUCAAGUGCGAAAGGGAGGGAAUGAAAGACUGCGCAGACUUUUUCAAGAAGCACAAGAUACUCACCCGGGGAGGCGGCCAUUUCGGCGUGGAGUCGAAUUACGCGCGAGUAAGCAUGGUGGAUCGUGAUGAGACGUUCGACCUCUUCAUCGAACGGCUCAUGUCUCUCCGUUGA